AUGCCUCGUGGUCACAAGAGUAAGCUCCGUGCUCGUGAGAAACGCUGGCAAAACAGAGCUGAGACCCAAAGUCUUAAGAGUGCUGAGGGCGCUAAUGCAGAGGAAGAAGAGGCCGCUUGCUCCUCCUCUUCCAUCCUGGGGGAUGCUCCCUCGAGCUCCACUGGUGCUGGCCCUCUCCAGGUAUCUCCGAGUGCCCCAGCCCCCACCGGUGCUGCUGCAGGUGUUUCGUGCGAAACAUCUGCUGGGAAAGCUAAGGGCCGUGUUCGUAAAAGUAAAAAUUCUUCUGAGGCCUCAGCUAUUACAAAGAAAUCUGGCGUAAGUAUUUUGUUUCAGAAGGCAAAUAAGUUGGUUCAGUAUCUGCUGAAUCAGUACAAAAUGAAGGAGCCCAUUAAGAAGGCAGACAUGCUGAAGAUAGUCCACAAAUGGUACAAGAAGGACUUUUCUGAGAUUCUGGAGAAGACCUCUGAGCUCAUGGAUCUGGUCUAUGGCCUAGAAUUGAAAGAAGUCAAACCCAGUGGUAACUUCUACAUCCUUGUCGACAAUCAAGAUGACGCCAGCAAUGAGAGUCUGAGCAGAGUUUGGAAAUUUCCCAUUAAAGGAAUUCUGAUGCCUAUCCUGAGUAUGCUGUUCUUGCAGGGCUACCGCGCCUCUGAGGAGGAUCUCUGGGAAUUCCUGAGUGUGAUGGGCAUCCAGGAUGGACAAAAUCACUUCCUUUUUGGGGAACCCAGGAAGCUUAUCACCCAAGAUUUGGUGCAGGAAGAAUACCUGGUGUACCAGCAGGUGCUCAACAGUGAUCCUCCAUGCUACGAGUUCCUGUGGGGUCCAAGAGCUAAAGCUGAGACCAGCAAGAUGAAAAUCCUCGAGUUUCUUGCCAAGAUCAGUGAUAACGAUCCCACAGCCUUCCCAUGUUACUAUGAAGAGGCUUUGAAAGAUGAGGAAGAGAGAGCCCAAGCCAGAGCUGAAGCUGAACCCGGGGCUGGCAGUCCUUCCAAGGCCGGUGGGCACUGCACAGCCACAUCCAGCCAGGACCGUCACCCUGAGUGA